AUGGUCGUGUCAGAACCUGCUCCAACUAAUGCUCCAAAUAAUGGUAGUGGGUGUGACGAUGGUGUGGGUGCUAGAAUGAGCAACACCAACAACUCCAAUUCAGCAGCCCCAAUUGGUUCUACUAGAUCCGCUCCAUCACUUCAUGUUACUCCUAAUUGCUCGAUCCCAUCAUCUUCAGCUGAUUCAAAUCACAAUGAACAAGUGCCAAACCAAAAUAAUAGUACCAGAUUAGAGAACGUGCCCGCAGUUAGUGAAGCAGAAAAUUUAAAUGCAGAUUCGUUUCUUGAUAGAAAUGGACAACAAAAGAAAAGAGGCCGAACUACUUUGAAAGACUUGUGGUCAUUACCACCAGAAGAGAGGAUUAUGGUGAGUGCAAAUCAUCUGGGACAACCAAUUGGGCCGGAAGCACAACUACUGGCUGGAUUUCUCGGCAUGCUUGCUCGAACCGGUCAACAAAUUGGCAUCCAUUAUGAGAGUUGGCAUAAAGUGCCAAAAACAUUGAAGGAUAAAUUGUUCAAAUUUAUUGAGUUACGAUUUGUUCUUGAGAUUUCAAAAGAGUAUGUGCCCAAGUCUCUGGGGAAGAAAUGGAGAGAUUACAAGCAUGAUUUGAAAAAGCGUCAUUUCAAACGAGAAGAUGGUUUGCAAGUGAACAAAGAUAAACAUCCAAAUGCAACCAUUAGAUGGCAAUGGGAACAAUUAGUCGAUUAUUGGUAUUCAAACAAAGGAGAGGUAUGA